UUCAUGGCCGAGCUAAAGGCUGCGCCACUCUCCGGGUCCGUCCAGCUGCAGCGGCUCGCGAGAGGAACCAACGGGAACACCUGUCUCCCCCGCGAAACCGUGAGCAUCCGGCGAGGACCGCGCCGGCGACGACGACGUCGACGUGUGAUAACGGCCGAUCGUUCCGCGAGGGUGUCCGGUAGGGCCGCGUUCCGGGGCCAGUGGCAGGCUCGCGGAGAGGCCGCCGGCUUCUCGUCUGGGCCCGAGAACAUGUGUCGGCGACAACAGUGUGUCUAGUGAUCCGUAGCAUCGGUCACCGAUCGUUCCGAUUGCGGCACGAGCGGCGUCCCGAUUGGUGAGCAGGCCUCUUGUGGGAAGGAUUGUUACACGGUGCGCGAUACACGUUCCGUUCGGUACUACAUGGUCGAUGUCGGCCGCAUAGUGCAAGUUCGCGAUAAUCAGAGACGCCGCGGCGCGGCGUGACCUUCCGCGACAGAGAAGAAGUGUUUGUUGUUUCCCGUGAACGGUCAGGCUGAGUCGACCCCAGUGAUCCAGGGCCACAGUGUUUCCACGGACGGGCAACAUCCACGUUCGUGGUGGAGGGCUGGCUGAUGCACCGCGGCGGCGGUGUCGCCGGAAGCGGUGCUGGUGGAGCCGCUGGUAUCGCCGGUGGAUCGGCCGGAAGUGGCGUGUUACCCGCCGCGGGCCACCGCGGACUCGAACUGGAACAUCCGUCGGCGAUGCCGGGUGCGCCGGGGUUCCACUGGGGGGCGAUGCUCGCGGGCCACCACGCGGCCGCCGCGGCGGGCAUGAUGCAGCCGCCCCUGUCCGCGGGGGGUGAGUACGCACCCGCGCCCGCUCAUCACGGGCCCACGCACCCCGCCAUGCCCAUGGACCUACACGUUCAUCAAGGAUUCCCCUACUACAGGUACCGAGAUGACGCUCUCUGUUGGACAGACAGGAAACCGUCCAUGGACGAUGUUGGAAACCCUACCUCUGUCAACGCACGAUUUGACGAGAGACACUACGCUUUCGAAAGUAUUCUGGAGUUGCGCAAGGAGAAGAGCAGAGAUGCUGCCAGAUCUCGACGGGGGAAGGAGAACUUCGAGUUCUACGAGUUAGCGAAAAUGCUGCCAUUACCGGCGGCUAUUACCUCCCAGUUGGACAAAGCCUCCAUAAUAAGGCUAAGCAUCUCGUACCUCAAACUUCGGGAGUUCUCGGGUCACGGAGACCCGCCAUGGAAUCGAGAUGGGCCUCCGCCAAAUAAACCUGUCAAAGGUGCAAAUCGAGGAAGGUCACCGGCAUCGGCCGCAGUGGACCACUUCGAGGUACAUCAAGGCACCCAUAUUCUUCAAUCGCUGGACGGCUUCGCGAUGGCGGUCGCCGCUGAUGGACGGUUCCUGUACAUAUCCGAGACCGUCUCAAUUUACCUUGGACUCUCACAGGUAGAGAUGACGGGAUCGAGCGUUUUCGAUUAUGUUCAUCAGCAAGAUCACGCGGAAGUCGCCGAGCAGUUGGGUCUCGGUUUAACGUCUACCAAUUCUUCUGGCCCACAUUCGUCUAGCUCCGGAUUAGCGUCGCCGAGCAGCGCAGCGUCCGAAGAGCACGGCUCGUCUUCCACUGCGAAUCCCGACGUGUCCUCGGUGAUGUCCUUGUCAGCCAGUGGUCUUUACAAAGGAUAUGAUCGAGCGUUCUGUGUCCGGAUGAAGUCUACGUUAACGAAACGGGGGUGCCAUUUUAAAUCUUCUGGAUAUAGGGUCGUACUGUUACUGUGCCGUUUGAGACCACAGUAUACGUUUAGCCAUACAAGAAAGUCUGCGCCGCCAUUGAUGGGCAUGGUUGGACUGGCAAUCGCACUUCCUCCGCCGAGUGUGCAUGAAAUUCGUCUUGAAACCGACAUGUUCGUCACUCGAAUUAACUUCGAUUUCCGGAUAGCACAUUGCGAGCCCAAAGUGUCCGAAUUAUUAGAUUACACUGCAGACGAAUUAACAGGGAAGAAUCUUUACACAUUGUGCCAUGGAGAAGAUGCGAACCGUCUUCGGAAGUCGCACAUCGAUUUAAUCCACAAGGGACAGGUAUUGACACAUUACUACAGGCUGAUGAACAAAAGCGGAGGAUACACGUGGCUGCAAACCUGCGCCACCGUUGUAUGCAACACGAAAAACGCGGAAGAGCAAAAUAUCAUCUGUGUCAAUUAUGUCAUAAGUGGACGCGAAUAUGAGAAUUUAAUCAUGGACUGUUGCCAAUUGGAAGACGGUGUGAUGGGUGUCAAGCGCGAGGACGCCGCUGGAAACGAUCCAGAGAAUGGAUCUCCGGACGCCGACAGAGGAGAAGGCAGAGGACGCGGCGGACCGCCGAACCAGCACCAAGAACACUCGCACAGGUCUCCGCCGGAGGACCGCGACGAGAACCGAGGUUCCGAGAACGACAAACGCGGCAGCAGGCACCACGACAUGGCGCAGCUGCAACAGGACUCCCAAACCAGCGUAGGGAACAUCAACACCCUGGUGGUGAAACUGCGCGGUCACAAGCGGAAGUUGCACGAGGACGACAGCAGCUCGAACGAGGAGGAAGAGGACGAGGAGGAGUCGACGACGAAGGUGGCAAGCAACGAGAGAAACCACGCUCUCAGCCCGGCUCCCUCGAACCACUCGAUCUCUGGCGGCGAUCAGGCGCUCUGUUCGUCCAGCCCGAAGUCGAGACGCGUGGAGGACAGAGCGACCACCGCGGACAGCACCGGCACCUCGGUGAAGGACCUCGAGCAAGCGAUGUCCAAGCAUCUUCCAGUGACAAACCUGAACAAGGCCCACUCGCCGACGCUCCAUCAGCCGACGGACUUCAGCACGGACGCGCUGCUGAAGCAGCAGCAGCAGAGGAGCACGAUACAGUGGAUCGGCGCGCACCAUCAUUUGGGACACCUGAGUCCCCAGCAAUCAGCCACUGCCCCGUUGCCAGCCUCGGCCUUGCUGCGACAACUGUACGCCAAUAGGGAGAGCGUGAUACGCGCGAACGUCCACGGAAUCACUUCGAGCGGCAGCACUCGGACCCCUUCGUCGGGUGGAACUUACUAUACCGGGGAUGCAACCCCCAGCGGACCUCUGCCCACUCCGCCGGGCUCGGAAGGGUCCAGCACCUACGGCGAACACCAGUUCGUCCUGGGCACGCACAAUCAGAAAGGCGCAACCGGGACGAGUUGCGCCGACGCCUUCACCAGUUUGGUGUCCUCCUAUUCCACAGCGAGCGGUUACACGGUCGACUAUCAUUCCGCCAUGACACCGCCGUCCUCCGUGUCGCCCCGGGACAAGCAGCAGCAACAACAACAGCAGCAACAGCUUCAUCCCGUGAACGUGAUCAGCAAUUACGAAGGGUCUUCCGCUUACACCGAUCCGGUGCUACGCCAUCAGUACGAGCCGACGCAACCUUUGCCCCUGAAGCCGCAAGUGUACUCGGCCGCAGUUCAUCCGAGCGCGUUGGACGCUGCCGCGGCGUACGCCUCCGCGGGGCUCACCGAGCAGACGCAGUUCUAUCAUCAUCCAGCGGCCGGCGCCGGCUUCCACAUCUACCAUCCGACUAACAAAUCGACGACGAACGGCUGGUACAGUUCGACGUCCUAGUGGCGUAGUCCCGUGCGCGACACUCGUGUACUUAAGUAACUGAAAUCGAGCCCAAAGCCCUCACAUGCAUAUCAGUGAUAUCGUAUUCACCUCGACGUCUCUGUAACCAUCUCCCAUUGUGUUCCCUUUGUACGUUUUUUCUUUUCAGAAUUUCUCUUUCCUGUCCGCGUGUCGUUCGCGAACGGUGGGGGUUCGCAAGUGACGAAUAAAAUGCGUGCGAUGUAACACGUGCGUACUAAUUUUGUUGGCGCGAUUACGUUCGUUUCGUCAGGAUGAUGGUUGCCAGGAUUCUGUUCUGCGAGAGUUUCUGUAUCCUCUGCAAACGAGAUUGAAGGUAUUAACGAGGCACACCAAUUUGUAGGUACUGUACGAUACGUAAAGUGGCAUCUUAGGGUGUGCCGAUACCGAGGGAAUGUAAAGUAUCUUUGACCCUUAGCGCGAUCAUGCUGUGCGUUGAAUCUCAAUUAACCCCUUGCUGUACAAUUUUCUUCGUUGUUGCAACGAUCAGAAGUUUUUCGAUUGUAAUAAUUUCUAACAAGAAAAAGAAAACGAUUUAUAUUUAUUGCGUGUCUGAAAUACAUUUACUGAAAUGUUUAAACAUCGAUUACAAGAAGUCGGGAUUUUGUUUAAACUGAAAAGAACGGAACAGUAUUCAUACUGGACAAGUUGUUGCUAGAAGUUUUUCAGAAGUUUCUCGAUUGUAAUAAUUUCUAAGAAGAAAAAGAAAACGAUUUAUAUUUAUUGCGUGUCUGGAAUGCAUUUACUGGAAUGUCUAAACAUCGAUAACAAGAAGUCGGGAUUUUAUUUAAACUGAAAAGAACGGAAUAGCAUUCAUACUGGACAAAUUGUUGCUAGAAGUUUUUCAGAAGUUUCUCGGUUGUAAUAAUUUCUAAGAAGAAAAAGAAAACGAUUUAUAUUUAUUGCGUGUCUGGAAUGCAUUUACUGGAAUGUCUAAACAUCGAUAACAAGAAGUCGGGAUUUUAUUUAAACUGAAAAGAACGGAAUAGCAUUCAUACUGGACAAAUUGUUGCUAGAAGUUUUUCAGAAGUUUCUCGGUUGUAAUAAUUUCUAAGAAGAAAAAGAAAACGAUUUAUAUUUAUUGCGUGUCUGAAAUGCAUUUACUGGAAUGUUUAAACAUCGAUGACAAGAAGUCGGGAUUUUAUUUAGACUGAAAAGAACGGAACAGCAUUCAUACUGGACAAGUUGUUGCUAGAAAUCUCCAUCGCGUGACAGACUCGUCAAAGUAUGCCAAGGGGUUAAUGUCGCACUGUGGUACUUUCUCCCAAAAUGUUGACUACAGUUCAUAACUUCGUACGUUUUUUUAAGAAUAACGAUACUCUUACGUUCUCGAGAUUACUGCAUUGGAAUACAUUUAGAGGGAAGUGGAAACCUUACGUUUCAUAUGAUAUAUUUCAACGGUAAAAUAUUCUACAAACGCUAUAUCCAAGCAUUCUCUUUCGAGAAUUACAACUUUGGUCAACUUUUUAGGAAAAAGUAAGACCGCGUGUCGUAACGCGUUUUCGUCCCGAAAUUAGCGUUCAAUGUCCAACCUUGUCUUUGUUGUUAGCCCCUUCUAUUUUAAGCCUAAUUCCGGCGAAAACGCGCUCGUCUAAAUUGUGAUCUCCCCUCGUCCGACACAUGUUCAUUUUCUCCCCUCACCCGUCCCCCGAAUCUCCAGCCCUUCACCCCAUCUUUUCUUGUUCCUCUCGCUCCUCCAUUUCUUCUUCAUCGAACUCAGCGAUUGUACGCGCGCAUCCAAUGUGCCAACCGGACUGUAAAGAGAAAAAGAAGAAGAAGAAACGAAACGAAGAAACACUAAAGAAAUCGCUGCUCUCUAUCUCGACUAUGUAGAACGACUUAUUGUAAUAUAACAAAAUAAAUUAUUAUGUAUGUUGACAAUUCGGAGAUAUUCGCGUGAACGUGAAGAGAGAAAGAGAGAGAUAGGUGUUUACCGAUGACCGCCGUGCGUGUUCGAAACGAAGAAAAGCGACGGAACGACGUCGACGAAGACGACGACGACGACGACGACGAUGACGAUGUGUGACGCUCAAUGAGGAUGAAACGUUGAAACGAGGAUAACUAUUUAGUAUAGUUGCGGCUCGCGUGGCGUGGGUCAGUCACGCGGCAUGGGGUAACGAAGGGGGAAAAUAAAACAGGCAGACAUACACACACGUACUCGCACACGCACACACGCGCACACACUGAAGAGAACAAAAGACAUUUUAUCAGCGUUAUUGCUGAACCAGCGUGGUUGUUUAGCGAUAAUUACUCGAGAAGCCGUACUUGUCGUAAUUUUUUAUACUGUAACAUUUUGUUGCGUGGAAUACGGAAUGACUUUAGUGAAGUCGACAGUGCAAUCGUUACGAGUUUUAUGCGUUAAUUUAAGAGGAUCGAAUUAGAGAUAACAGGCAAAAAAAUGACGAUGUUUAUCUUGCUUUAUAAUGAGGAUGAGAGAGUGAGAGGGAGAGAGUGAGUGAGUGUGUGUGAGAAAAAGAGAAAAAGAAAGAAAGAAAGAAAGACGAGAAGCGGACGUUUCUCGACGCGAGAAUAUGUAACAUUAUCGAAAGAAAUCGCUAUCUCUACUAGUAUUGAAGUACGUUGUUUGGACUUGUUAACUUAUUUCGCCGCUUAUCAUUUCGCGUGCCGAUCGUUGCUCGUUGAUAACUCUCUGUUUUCUUGAGAAUCGGUAUAUCGUUUGCUCUCAGUGUCCAUACAUAUCAGGCAGUUUCAUUUGGUGACAAAUGAUAUCACUACCUCACGGAGUAAAUUAACUUGCAAUGAUCAACGGACCCACACGGGAAUACCCUCGGCCUCUUAUCUCGCAACGUGCAAUCGCUUUAGAAAGUAAAUUCUCCAUUUUGUUUAGAUUAGACGAGCGGAUAGGCAGCUUUUUUUUAAGGAGACUGUUAGGAGGAGGAGUAGUAAUAAUCAUUGACAGAGAUAGCGAGUUCUUUCAAAGAGAUUAUUAUGUUUUGUUGUAAAUUGAUGAAUUGUUUUUUGACGAGUACACGUGUAAAUACAAUUUAUGUGCUGUAAGAUCCACCUGUUGAAUAUUUCUAUUCAUAAUUUUUCGGAAGUUUCUACGAAGUUUAUUUUCGUUGAAAGGACAUUGUAAGGCAGUGACUUAAACACUAAAAUAUACGCAUAACGUCUUCGUCUUGAUAAAGAAAAAAAAAAAAGAAAAGAAGAAAAAGAAACGAAAAACUUUGUGAUUCCUGCAAUUCACCCUGGACAGUUCGUUGCAGUCACUCAGUUUUAUUUAAAUAGCGAUCGGGUACGCGUUCGUAUCUUCUUACAAUAGCGAAUACCACCACGUAAAAUAUAUCGGUAGACAUUGUAAAAGUCAAAAGAUAUUUUUCAAAUACGAAAUAUACGAAAGAUCGAUUUUUA